AGGGUGCAAACAGUCGAGGUGAUUGGAUCGCUGAGAGUACCAGGUCUUGAUAUCUACGCGCGCGACAACAUCGGACGAUAAUCGUCAGGCAUAGAUCAUCGAUCAUGAGGGUCUUCGUUCUUUCAUUGGUAAUACUGUUCUGUUCAGCCGGCGUAAAUGUCGCGUUUCCACGUGCAAAUUACUCAUCCCUUCGCAACGAGAUACUGGAGUACGAGCAACGAUUGAUGGUAGGCGCCAAUAUAACGUUGAACGAAAUCGAAAGGGUGGCUAACGGGAUCCUGACGAAGGCUAAGGACGAAGAAUUGAACGCUGGCUUCAAGAAUCCUCUUCUGUUCGCACCGUCCAGGAACUUCAUCGAGGCGAAGAAAGACAUCGAGAAGUCGAAGGUGUUCGAAUUGCUUCGUCGUAUGCCGAAAGGCGCGGUGCUGCACACUCACGACACAUCGCUCGUCAGCAGUGAUUACAUCUAUCACAACAUCACGUUCCGCGAUGAUCUAUACGUUUGCAUCGUCGACUGUGUCGUUAAGCUUCGUUUCUUCAGAGAGCCCGAUCAGACGUGCGACUGGAAGUUGUUGAAGAAAGUGCGGGAGGACCCGAUACGAGGUAAAAUCGUGGAGAAAAUGAUUCAGGAGAGGAUGUCGAUGGAGGUCAACGAUCCUAUGGCUGCUUAUCCGAACGUGGACAUGGCCUGGACCAAGUUCAGCGACAUUUUUGCGUUCAUCGGUCCCUUAGUGACGUUCAGACCUGUUUACGAGGACCAUUUCCUCGAGGCUCUCGAACAGUUGUAUCAGGAUAAUGUGAUGUAUCUCGAACUACGAUCCACUCUGCCGACUUUGUACGAUUUUGAUGGCACUAACUACAUGCCCGAGGAUCUGGUUGGUAUCUACGAGAGGCUCACUGAGAGAUUCAAGAAAGAGCAUCCGGAUUUCAUCGGAGUCAAAUUGAUUUAUGCACCGUCACGAAUGAGCAGCCAUCAACAAACAGAAGAUAACAUAAAAACGAUGAAACUACUGAAGAAAAAGUAUCCUAAAUUCAUGGCUGGAUUUGAUCUGGUCGGUCAAGAAGACAAAGGAUACACGCUGAAAUAUUUCGCAGACAUACUGAGGAACGGCGAGGAAGAUAACAUCAACUUCUUCUUCCACGCGGGAGAGACGAAUUGGUUGGGCGCUUCUACCGACGAGAACCUUGUCGAUGCUAUUUUACUGAAUACUAAACGCAUUGGCCAUGGAUACGCCCUGAACUCUCAUCCCUUCCUCUUAGAGCUCACCAAGCGAUUGGAUAUCGCCAUCGAGAUAAACCCGAUCUCUAAUCAAGUUCUAAAACUCGUGGACGAUUUGAGAAAUCAUGCUGCCAGACGAUUGUUCUCUGAAGGAUACCCAGUGGUGAUUUCCAACGACGACCCUGGUUUCUGGGGUUCCAGAGCCCUUAGCUACGACUUCUACGAAGCUUUUAUGGCGCUCAUGUCGAAACACGCUGAUCUCAGAAGUCUGAAACAAGUGGCUCUUAACUCUCUUCACUACAGCAGCUUGACUAACUCCGAGAAAGAAAAAGCUCUUGCGCUAUGGCAAGAGAAAUGGGAUACCUUCGUAGAGGACGUAGUCAGAGAUAAUUAUUAA